AUGGCUCAUUCCUCUGAUGAGGCUCGCAGAGAGAUGACGAACGGGGCCCAUCCCAGCACCCAACCAGGCGGCUCCGGAACCUACAAUUUGCCACGAUACCUGCAUAAGAAGCGGCAGAAAGGAGUGAGAUCUUCCUCCCCAAUGGGUAGAGUCAUCCUCAUCAAUGCACCCGUGGAUGGUGGAGAUGACAGUGAAGACAUUCACACAAUCACUGUGGACAAGAGUGAGGAUGGCAGGCUGGGCUUCAGUGUGCGUGGAGGCUCUGAGCACGGCCUUGGCAUCUUUGUCAGCAAGGUGGAGGACAACAGCUCUGCAGAGUUUGCGGGGUUGUGUGUUGGGGAUAAGCUGGUGGAGGUGAAUGGGAUCAGUCUGGAGAGCAUCACAAUGAGCAGUGCUGUGAAGGUCCUGACUGGGAACAACCGCCUGCGAAUGGUCGUCAGACGUGUGGGGAAAGUUCCUGGUAUCCGCUACUCCAAAGAGAAGACCACUUGGGUGGAUCUGAUCCAUCGGAGGAUGGUGGUGGAGGAGAGUGGUCGUACUCCCUCGGAGGCCAGCUCGGACGGGGCAUUGCGCAGGAUAGUGCACCUCUAUACCACUUCGGAUGAUUAUUGCCUGGGUUUCAACAUCCGUGGGGGCAAGGAGUUUGGUCUGGGCAUCUACGUCUCAAAGUUGGACCCUGGUGGCUUGGCAGAACAAAAUGGAAUUAAAAUGGGAGACCAGAUUCUGGCAGCCAAUGGAGUGAGCUUUGAGGAUAUUACACACAGCAAUGCUGUGGAGGUCCUGAAGAGUCACACCCAUGUCAUGCUCACUAUUAAGGAGGCUGGGAGGUAUCCUGCAUAUAAGGAGAUGGUAGCAGAGUACAGCUGGCUCAAUAAAUUGGCUAAUGGAGGCCAGCCAUCCUCCUCUCAGGGUUCAGACUCCUACUCCUCCACCUCCUCUCUCUCCUCUGGUACGCCAGUCAGCUCCCUCAGUGGCCUGUCUCAGGUCAUGUUCCCACCUGCAUUCAACUCCGAGAUGGUGGACGUUUGUAUCGCAACUGAGGAUCAGUCAGGCAGGCUCGGCUCUGAUCGGACUGAGACCGCCAUCCAGACUGACCCUUUGGAGCCUGACGCAUCACCCCGACCUGGCAGGGUCAUCUCAAUGGACACCAGUCGAACAGUGGGUGAAACAGUCCUGUUAAAAGACACGGUGAUCCGGACUGCGAGUUUUGAUAAGAGCGGCCGGGCUCGGACAAGGACGUUUUCUGCAGGGGACAAGGAGGUUUUGGACUCUCCAAAAACUGCAGUGCUGAUGGCUCUCAGCAAGCCCCGCAAACCCAUCCGCCGAUCACAGAGUCACAUCACGGUCUCAGUCUUCUCAUAAAUGAGUCUGGCUUUUAUGUGUGUUUGUGUUGACAUUGUUUUACAUUGAGCAGAGGACAAGCAGAAGAAGAAUAAACAGCAACAGGCAGAGAAGGCUGAAGCUGCAGGUAGUACCCUACAGCGCUCCAAGACCUUCGUCAGUCUGUUGUUCAAAAGCGGUCGCAGGAGAGACAGGUCUGCCUCUAGAGACAGGAAAGAUACAGGGACGGGGGACAAGCGCAGAGGACGCUCCAAAUCUCCUACACAUAGUGAGCGGGGUAAGGAGCGCAGUCGGCCCAUCAUUAGCCUCCUGAGCUCUCCUCGGGAGACGCGUGCUGGGAUGUGGGAGCCUGCGCCCAUGCCCAGUCCUGAGACCAUGGCCAUGGUGGAGGACAUGGCUCGCAAACUGCUGAGUGAGGAUGAGGUGGCUGCAGUCAUGAGACACUGUAACAGGUUUUUGGCAGAGCGAGUGAUUGAGGAUCUGGUACGCCCUCUGCUGGCCAUCCUCGACAGGCCUGAGAAGCUGCUGCUGCUGAGAGAGAUCAGAAUGAUCAUCCCUCCCACGGACUUGGGCCGGUUUGACAGCAUGGUUAUGCCUUUUGAACUGGAGGCCUAUGACAUUUUAAAGAGCCGCUCUGUGCGCUCCCCGGCCCUGCGCUCCCCUCGCCAUGGAGGAACCCCACGGCGCCAUCUCAUAACACCCAUUCCAGACUACAGAGGAGGUUUCCAGCUGCAGGCUGUUCAGGAUCUGGAGAGAGAUCGGCAGUUGGUGGAGGAGCUGGAGCGACUGAGGAUGGACACUAUCCCCACCGGCCGGCUGCCCCCGCCCCGGGCCUUUACUCCUCUGCUGGAUGUACCGGUGGACAGCUACAUCUCAGGCUCCCUCCGGCAGCACUCCUUAAGUCCUGUUCGUCCUAACUGGCUACUUAGCGAGUCCUCUCACAGCACAGAGAGGCAUGGGCGCUCCCCACAAAGACAGAGCAAUGGUUCGCCCCGGACUGCACACCACGGGGAUAACUCCUAUAAGGGAGAAACCACUCCAGAGCGCGGGAGGUCACCUUACAGGAACGGCCACGGCAGAGCUGCGAAUGGAAGAGAGGUGAAGUACACAGUGAUGAGUGCACACAGGCGGAGCCGAACGCCGCUAAUGCAGGUGUUUGAAUCAGACACUAUGCCAGACUCUGUGGGGAGGGAACAGGUAAAUGGACACACUGGCUUACCAGCAAAUGGUCAAGACAACCUGUCAGCACAGGAGUAUGAGCUGACCACUGUCUCCAUCUCCAAGACCAAACAGUCCCUGGGUAUAAGCAUUUCUGGUGGGAUGGAGUCCAAGGUUCAGCCAGUGGUGAAGAUAGAGAAGAUAUUUCCAGGAGGAGCUGCUUCCACUAGUGAGGUGCUGAAGGCUGGAUUCGAGCUUGUGUCAGUUGAUGGAGAAUCCCUCCAGGGAGUCACACAUCAGCAUGCAGUGGACGCCAUAAGAAGGGCUUUCAGCAACAAGGCCAAAGACCCCAUGGAGUUUGUCGUCAAAGUCCCGAAAAAUCCAAAAGACUGAGGGAGAAAUGUACUUUACUGUGCUGUACAGACAAAUUGGACUUCUAGAGAUUUGUGCUCACUGUGGUAAGUCUGAACAAAGAAC